AUGCAUGCGGCUUCAUCUCUCAGCCGCCGCGUUCGCGUGGGCGGCGUCGAGCCGGAGGAUGCGGUGUUGCGGGCGGAGCUUUUCCGCACCCUGGCCGGCUACGGCCUCAUUGAGGAGGCGUGCUUCGAGGAGGACCGCGCAUUCCACAGCGGCGCGGCCAUCGUUCAGUUCCAGCGCCUCUCCGCGGCGGAAAAGCUGCAAGGCGACGCGGAGGCGCUGGGGCGGCGCUGGGGCGUCACUUUUCUCCCCCCCGUCGUCCACGUCGGGACGGAGCUGCUCGUGACUUCCCCGAGGGCCAUUGACACGGCGCACCUGCGCUCGCUCGUCGCGGAGGGCGUCGCGGGCGUCACCCUCGAGGAGAAGCUGCUGUCGUUCCCCGGAGCCACGCGCGGUGAGUCGACGGCCGCUGUUGAAGGCGCUGGAGCCGAGUUUGGGGGCAAAGACGCUGGAGCCGGAGAGACCUUUGCGAAGGCGCUGGCGUGUGUCAGGGCCCACGCCGUCGGUCGCUUCGCCGUGGUGAUGAGGUUUGCCACGGUGCACGACGCCAACCACUUUCUCAGCACCCAUCAGCUGCCGCUUGCGACAACCCACGAGCUCUACGUGGUGCAUGUGGGGCCCAACGCGGAGCUGCAGCAUGCCCUGAAGCACAUUCUACUCACACGGCGGUCGGUGAAGGAGGUGGCGCGAGGAAGUUUGCUGCGUGGCUUUGUUCUUCCACAGCGUCAGGGCAGCAGUGGUGGCGGUGCCCGCAUGACCUCUUGCGAGGUCGACGCCGGGCUGACACGGAAAGGACGACCGGUUCUGCUGCGCACGCAAACGAACUUCGUCAAGACCUCUCCGUGGGACAUUGUCGAGGUGCGGCUGGUGUCCGUCGAUGGCGGGAGUAGCGAAAACCUUCUCGAGGCGGAGCUGCGCGGCGUGGUAAACGCGGAGUCGGGCACCGCUGAGGCGCAAAGGCCUACGGCCCUGCUUCAGCGAUUGCGGCAAAUGGGCGGUCCCACUUCUGCUUCUUCCUCGUCUUUGGCUUCUGCCUCCGCGGAUUCCAAGAAGGCCCUUGCUGGAAAACUCUAUCAGGCGUUGCACGCACGAAAACCAGAGUCAGGCAGUGCUGGGGAGCAGCUGCACGGUUUUCCGCAAGGACUUCAUGCCUUUUCAGUGGUGUCGGUGCGCAUCCAGCGUGUCGGCGACGAUGGAUUGUACGCGUGGACAAUACCGCCGCCACACGCAGCGUCGACCGCUUCGUCUCGCGAGUGGCCGGUGUUUGUCCCCUCACUGUUUGUCCCCCGUGAGGGUGGCAUGGGCUGGCAAGAGUUCGCCGUCCCCGGGGAGCGCAUGACAGUGACGCUUUUGUACGCCACGGCGGUUGGCGGCAGCGAGGCCGCGCUGCGACUUGUCGCCACAAAGCGUGAAGCGGAUAUGCGGCGUGCGUCUGCCUCUGCCGCAAGGGCUCUUGCCCCUGAUGCGGCGGAGGGAGCCGGAGGCGUCACUACCGCGAAAACUCUGACCGUUGGCACUUCAUUUGACGCGACUCGUGCCAUUUGGCUGCCGCGCACGCCCAGCACAGAAAAUCCCGUGUACAUUCUGCUGCCGUCGUCCUCGUCGCCUCCGGCGUUGUUUUCGCUCACUGUCCUCGUGCACGCCACAGAGACCGUGGCGGAUCAGCCACCGGAGGUGAUGACAAUAGAUGCGGGGCUGCAUCCCUUUGUGAUUUCCGAGAUUGUGGACAGUGACCGUCGUGGCCACUACGCGGUGGCGGUGGAGGCGGCGGCGUAUCGCCAAAUGGAGGCCGAGCGGCGGGCAGUGGAGCUCCAAAAGGAGUCGGAGCAGGAUGCGUUGCUGCAGCGCAUCCUGACGGAGGUGCUGUCAAGCGGGACGUCCCUUCCAGCGGGCGACGGGGAGGAGUCUGCGCAGAGCCGCAAGCGUCUGCGUUCCCCACAGAGGGGGUAA